AUGUCACUCGUAGAUUUAGAUGUUGGAAUAGCAACUUUAAAAGGGGAUCGUGAAGUUCAACAGGAUAGUUUUGAUCACGCCAAAGAAAAUUUAGCCGAUUUGAUUGUAAAUGAUUAUGAAUUUAAAACUAAAAACUACGAAAAAGCUUUUGUUAACGGAUUUAAACAAGAAGAUUAUUUAUUAAGAUUAACAUUUGGUGCUGAAAAACAAGGUGGAACUACCGCUACUGCCGCGUUAUUUUUAAAGAAUUCUGAUACUUUUUAUAUCGCUAAUGUUGGUGAUAGUUCUGCUGUACUUGGUACUAGACCCGGUCGUAUUCCCGAAGCUAUACCAGUCAGCACUGACGAUAGAACAGAUGACGAAGUAGAACUUGAGAGACUUGCUAAAGCGAAGGCACAAAUUAGAAAGGGAAGACUCAUUCGUCCAGGUCAUUCCGUUAAUAUGACUAGAGCUCUAGGUGAUUUUGAUUUUAAAACCCCAUAUACCCCAACUGGUAAAGAUUGGAUUACUCCGGUUCCUCAUACGUAUAAAAUCGAUCUUAUUCCUGAAGUAGAUGAAUUCCUGGUGAUUGCUUCAGACGGGUUGUGGAAUGUUUAUGACGAGCAAACUGUUGUUGAAGUUAUUACAGAUGAGCUUGAUAAAGGAUAUGAUGUUCACAAAUUAGCUAAUGCAUUAGCCGCAGCUGCUAUAAAUCAUUCUAAACCGAGCGAUAAUGUUACUGUUAUGUUGAUCUUUUUCGUUUGGAAUAAAGAUUCACCACCUGAAUAA